UGUCAUUGGGGGAUGACCGCAGGCUUAGCCUCUGCAGCUGCCACCGCCACCAUGGUCUCCGGCAGCAGCGGCCUAGCCGCCGCUCGCCAGCUGACGCGCGCCUUCCUGCUGCAACAGAAUGCAAUUCGGCAUUGUUCCUAUACAGCUUCCCGGAAACAUCUCUAUAUUGAUAAAAAUACGAAGGUCAUUUGCCAGGGUUUCACUGGUAAGCAGGGCACCUUUCAUAGCCAGCAGGCAUUGGACUAUGGCACCAAACUUGUUGGAGGAACCACUCCAGGGAAAGGAGGGAAGACACAUCUGGGCUUACCUGUCUUUAAUACUGUGAAGGAGGCCAAAGAACAGACAGGAGCAACAGCUUCUGUCAUUUAUGUCCCUCCUCCUUUUGCUGCUGCGGCCAUUGAUGAAGCUGUUGAGGCAGAAAUACCCUUGGUUGUGUGCAUUACUGAAGGUAUCCCACAACAGGACAUGGUACGGGUCAAGCACAAACUGCUGCGUCAGGGAAAGACAAGGCUAAUUGGGCCAAACUGCCCUGGAGUCAUCAAUCCUGGAGAAUGCAAGAUUGGCAUCAUGCCUGGCCAUAUUCACAAGAAAGGAAGAAUUGGUAUUGUGUCCAGAUCUGGCACCUUGACUUAUGAAGCAGUUCACCAAACAACACAAGUUGGAUUGGGGCAAUCUUUGUGUGUUGGUAUUGGAGGUGAUCCCUUUAAUGGAACUAAUUUCAUUGACUGCCUUGAAAUCUUUCUGAAUGAUUCAACCACAGAAGGCAUCAUAUUGAUUGGUGAAAUUGGUGGUGAUGCAGAAGAAAAUGCUGCAGAGUUUUUGAAGCAAAAUAAUUCAGGUCCAAAUGCCAAGCCUGUAGUGUCCUUCAUUGCUGGUUUAACUGCUCCCCCGGGCAGGAGAAUGGGUCACGCAGGAGCAAUUAUUGCUGGAGGAAAAGGUGGAGCUAAAGAGAAGAUUGCUGCCCUUCAGAGUGCAGGAGUUGUAGUCAGCAUGUCUCCUGCACAACUGGGCACCACCAUUUACAAGGAAUUUGAAAAGAGGAAGAUGCUAUGAAAGGAACAAAAACAAAAAGGUCCUAAAACUGUGGAAUGAAUCAUGUAGACUUGUGAACCAUCAGCAGUUUACUUCUGUUGUCCACUGAUUGUCAGCCUUUGUGCCUGGCCCUGGUCUUUCAGCAUAACAGGAAGCCAAAGUUAAGUUUAGAAUAUCCUAAAUUGAGAUAUUUUCACCUAUUGUAUAACAGAGAUGGCCAAUAAAUCUACCAUUUGAUUUGAAUAUGA